AUGAAAUCAAUCAUUCUUGUUGCUAUUUUAUUUCUUGAUUAUAUUGCUCUAGAUGAAGCACUUCAAUGUUAUUCUCAUGAUACAUGCUCAAUGAAUUGUCCAAAAUUAAGUAAUACAAUAAGAUCUUGUACUAGUGAGGAUAAUGGAUGUUACACAUCGGCAUUUCAUAGUGGUAUUGUUCGUGGUUGUUCUAAAGAACGAUGUAAUGUUCAAGUAAGUUCUCUUGUUUUUCUAUUGAAAUCAAACAAAUAUAAUCGUUAG